CUUGUUUCAUAUAUGUCAAAGUUACGUCAAGUCGUGGUCAAAUCUGAAUUUGUUUCUAUUGCUGUGUGGCAUUUUUAUUGGUUAACUUUCGGUGUAGAACUAAAUCUUAAUUAAUUUAACCACAUCACCGGACCAUAAAUAAAAUUUUGUUGUGGUAUUUUAGGCAGCCAGUGUGAAAUUUCUGAAUUUGUAGCAUGAGUUCGCGUCACAGAGAUCGCAGCCGUUCGCGUUCUCGCGAUCGUGAUCGUGAGCGCGACCGCGGUCGUCAUAAGGAGCGAGACCGCGAGAAGACCAGGGAUCGCGACAGGGACCGUGACCGCGACCGCGACCGCGACAGAGACCGCGAGCGACAUCGUUCUAAGAGAGACAAGGAACGAGAUCGCAGCCGCAGCCGUGAUAGGCAUAAGGAGAAGCGUAGGAGCCGUAGUCGUUCGCGCAGCAGAAGUCGCGGCAGGAAAUCUAAAGACAGAGACGGAACCAUAGCCCUGCUAGACCAGAUGGUGGGCACUACAACCAAGGCAACGGCUCGUGCCGUCCCCAGCACGGCCUCCCUCAACCCUGCAACUCAGGCUGCUAUCCUCGCAGCUGCUGCUGUUGCUCAGACGUUCGUGGCGCAGCGCCGCAUGGCGGCGGCGGUGCAGCCGGCCGCAGCUGCAGCCGCAGCGCUGUCGGCCGCCACCGCCAUCCCGCCGCCCACCUCCGUGCAGCAGAAGCUGGAGCAGCUGCAGGCGCGCACCGAGUCCCGCUACCGGGACAAGCCGCACCAGCACCACCUCGACGACUACCACCCGGACGACGACAAGGAUGACGGCCAGGGUCCGCUGGGCGAGACUGCGGCGGAGCGUCGCGCUCGGCGGCGUCGCACGCGCUGGACGGGCUCGGAGCACGACAAGACCUUCAUCCCCGGCCUGCCCACCGUGCUGCCCUCCACACUCACCAAGGAGCAGGAGGACCAGUAUCUGCUUCAGCUGCAGAUCGAGGAGGUGAGCCGCAAGCUGCGCUCCGGGGACCUGGGCAUCCCCGCCAACAUCGAAGAGAGGUCUCCGUCGCCGGAGCCCAUCUACUCGACGGACGGGAAGCGGCUGAACACGCGCGAGUACCGCACCAGGCGCAAGCUGGAGGAGGAGAGGCACCGCCUCGUCACCAGGAUGCACCAGAUCAACCCCGACUUCAAGCCGCCGCCGGACUACAAGCCGCCCAUAAUCCGCGUGCACGACAAGGUGAUGAUCCCGCAGGAGGAGCACCCCGACAUCAACUUCGUGGGGCUGCUCAUCGGCCCGCGCGGGAAUACGCUCAAAGCCAUGGAGAAGGAGACCGGCGCCAAGAUAAUAAUCCGCGGCAAGGGGUCCGUGAAGGAGGGUAAAGUGGGCCGUAAGGACGGCCAGCCGCUGCCCGGCGAGGACGAGCCCCUGCACGCCUACAUCACCGCCACCAACGCGGACUGCGUCAACAAGGCCGUCGAGAAGAUCAAGGAGGUGAUCCGUCAAGGCGUGGAAGUGCCCGAGGGCCAGAACGACCUGCGCCGCAUGCAGCUGCGGGAGCUGGCGCAGCUCAACGGGACCCUGCGCGAGCACGACGCGCAACGCUGCGCCAACUGCACCGCCACCGACCAUAAGACAUGGCUGUGUCCGGACAAACCGAACGUGACGAACAGUAUAGUUUGCUCGUCGUGCGGCGGCGCCGGACACAUCGCGCGGGACUGUCGCGCGCGACGACCCGGACACCCGCCCCCGCCCGCCGCUGAUAAGGCCAAGAUCGACGAGGAGUACAUGUCCCUAAUGGCGGAGCUGGGCGAGGCGACGCCGUCGGGCCCGGGUGGGGGCGGGGGCGGGGGCGGGGGCCCCAACGGGAUGGGGGGUGGCGCGGGCCCCGGGCCCCGGCGCUACCAGCCCUCCCUGUUUGCGCCCCAGCAUGUCGCGCGACCCAUCAUGCCGCCGCCGCCGGGCAGCAUGAUGCCGCUGCCGCCGGGCGGAUUUCCGCCGCAGAUGCCGCCCGCACCCGCGUCCGGCCCCGGCCCCGGCCCCGGACCCGGCCCCGGCCCCGGCCCGGCCACGUCUGCGCCGGCGCCUGCGCCUUGGCUCGCGGGCGUGGCAGGCAGCCAGCCGCCUCCUCCGGGCAGCGGGCCGCCGCCGCCGCAGCACGGGCCGCACGGGCCGCAGCUGGGGCCGCACGGGCCGCACCCGGGGCCGCACGGGCCGCACCCGGGGCCGCACCCGCCGCACCUGCCGCACCCGCAUCACCCGCACCACCCGCACCAGCACCAACACCAGCACCAGCACCCGCCGCCGCACCACAUGCCGCCCCACCACAUGCCGCCGCACCAGGGCGACAACAAGAUGGGUCCGCCUGGUGUCCCGGGAGUGCCGCCGCCGCCUCCGGGCGCAGCCCCUGGCCCGGGCGGGUGGCGCGGGUUCCCGUGGGGCGCGCCGCCCUUCCUGGCGCCGCCGCCCCCGCCCCCGCCGGCACCCGCGCCCGCGCCCGCGCCCGUCUCCUCCUCAUAGGGGGGGGGGGGGGGAGGGAGGGUCAAACUAAUACCAGGAAGAAACGCCAUUGAGUGUUAAAUUUAUUUAACACAGUGUUAAAUUUAUUUAACACUCAAUGGCGCCAUUUUAAACCGAUGGUAGUGUGCUGUGUUUGAUUCGAAGAGUUAGCUGCGCAUGGGUACGACAGGAGAGACAAUCGGCGCGAAGCUCUGUUUCCCGCCAAGACAUCUUAAUUUUUACUUCAGCGCAGGAACGGGCAGAACUAAAGUUUUGGGCCGCGACUUAUAACAUGUGUUGUAUAUACACCCCCGCCUCUCUAGCACGACCACCGAAACGGGAUAUGAUAAAGCGAUAUAUCGGCAUUAACUAUCACACUACUGUUUGUUUCUUAGAUUUUCGACACAUUACUCAUUAAAGAAAACUAGUUUUAACGGGUUAAUGCACGAAAGGACCAUGCAAAUCUUGCCUUUGUCUUUGGGCCCAAAAAAAUAUGUUGUGCAGAUUUGGGACAUAGACUACGAUGUAUAUAUAAUAAAACCUUUAACUUUUGUUAUGGCGUCGACAAAUUGGCCCCAACAAAAAAAAAGUUAUAAUAUGCUGAAGUAUUAAUUCUGCUGUAAUGAAAUAUAUUAUUUUACGUCUAAAACCCCUUUUUGAAUCUAAGCUGAAACCAUACGUCGCCUCGACGGGCGACUCGUCAGACAUCAGGCAAAACCCAUUUUAGUAUUGUCAUUGCUGUUCUCUUUCUCUUUUAUCUAUUUUUUAUCAUUGGAUGUUUCAUUCGUACACGACGACCGCUCUGACCCUUUUUUACCUGGCGUGUGCCGUUGCCUGAUGUCUGACGAGUCGCCCGUCGAGGCAACGUAUGGUGUUAGCUUAGAUUCAAAAAGGGGUUUUAGACGUAAAAUAAUAUAUUUCAUUACAGCAGAAUUAAUACUUCAGCUUCAGCAUAUUAUAACUUUUUUUUGUUGGGGCCAAUUUUGUCGACGCCAUAACAAAAGUUAAAGGUGUUUAUUAGAUCUACAUCGUAGUCUAUGUCCCAAAUCUGCACAACAUAUUUUAUUUUUUGGGCCCAUUCACUUGCAUUGUCCUUUCUUUAUUUAAUGACGUAUCGCAGCCUUUUCAGGUCUGCAUCGUCAGAAUAAUGAUUUUUUAUUUGUCAGACUACUGUCAAACUCCACAGUAGUCUGACAGUUAAGGCCGAUAUAUCGCUUUAUCAUAUCCCGUUUCGGUGGUCAUGCUGGAGGGGCUGAACUUACCUGACUAAGUAAAUGAAACAUACGUAAAUGAUAUGAUACUGUCCGUCACUCGACAAAUAGAAAUGUUUCAAGUCUACUUUCUAUAGUCAUUAUGAAUUCGUAAUGAGCAAAGUGCAUCACCAAUCUUCUCGAAACCAUGUAUCGCUACGUAAAUGUAUUUAUGGCUGGUUUUAAAUUAAAUUUAUAGCACAGUGUGACCUAAACCCGCACUUUACGCACGCUUUUCCGUGACCUAAGUUGCCUAUUUCUGCACGGUGUGUAAAUGAAUUGACCAACUUCACUCAUGUAGAAUUAGUACAUUACGAUACGCGUAACUUAACUUUACUAUGCCAAUCGAGGAAUAAACGUUCAUGGAUACAUUGAAAUUCUAUUUUGUUGUAAUGAUAUUUGAUUUUUUCCUUUUGAAAUAUCUAUUCUUAUAUCUAUCUAUUACUUUCAAAAUGGUAAUCUGAACCGGAAUUCUUUCUUUUCAGAGUUUGACUUGCAGUCUGUAUUGCAAUUCUUUGUGAUUGCAAUACAUGAAUUUUACUUUCAAAACACUAAUCGCAUCGUUCAAAACACGACCCCCCCCCCCCCCCUCUUGCCCGCGUCCGGGGCGGGUUUAUGUCACACUUGCUAUAAAGAGUAUACGAUACUUGUGGCCUAAGUUGUCUAUUACUGCACGGCGUGAAGUUAGCGCCCGAGCGGAGCGAGGCAGGUCAAGCAGGCAGGCAACUUAGGUCACGCGUAUCGUAAUGUACUAUUAUAUCAUCACCUUGUAUUUAUUGAGUAUUUUCAUUUGCAUGAAGUUCAAAAAACGAAGAAUAGGCUUGGAUUACUUACUCACAUAUUUUGUCUCUGAUCAUCGAAUGACAAAUGGCACUUGAGUGAUUUCAACAAAACACGGCGUAAAUAGUCGAAGCUUAUUCCUCGUUUAUUAUAUAUAUUAUAUUAAUGGUAAAUGAGUUUUAUAAUUUAAACCGUAAUACCAAUUAUUCUAAUAAAUUGAGCAAAAUUAAUUUGACACUUCUGAGAGUGAUGAUUUGUUUAUUUGAAUGUAUAUUAACUCGUAAUUUAAUCGACUGUGUAGUACAAUGUGUACUAAUCUUAUUUUUAUUAUUUGAAUGAAACCUAAAAUAACUCACUUUUAACGCAAAUGAAGUCAAUCUGCCAUUAUCAGUCAUGAUGUUGACUUCAAUAGCUGCAGUAGACAGAUUCUACGCAUGUUUCAUAUUAAAGUUCUAAACAUUAUAUAAAAUAAUUGAUAGAUUUAUCAAGUCAGUCUCAUUGAAGGUGCACAGUACGGUUCCACCAUGUUGUAGUAUAGUGAGCUACCCUCUGUAUUCGAAUCGAUUAUGAAUUUUGUAUAUUUACCAAUACCCAGC